AUGGUGGAAUGCCAUGGCACUGGAACGGCGCUCGGCGAUCCCAUCGAGGCAGGAGCCCUGGCAGCUGUUCUGGGGACCUCCAAAGCCGAGGAUCCGCUGUGGUUGGCUGCAGGGAAGACCAAUCUUGGGCACCUCGAGGCUGCUGCUGGGUUCGCGGGUGCUGCUAAGGUGAUUGCCUGCCUGAAGAACGGCGAAGUUCCUGCUAACUUGCAUUUCGCGGAGCUCAACCCGCACAUCGAUUUGGUUGGCCUGGCUCUUCCCACAGAGGUGACGCCGCUCGCGGAUUCGCCAAACGAAAAGCUCAUGUCAGGCCUGUGCAUGUUGUCUUUUGGUAUGUGCUCAAACUUGCAUGACUGA